AUGGCCGACGACGAACCCGCAAGAGAAAGACCCAAGAUUAUCAUUGACGUAUCAGAGUACACCAUCGCCUGGAUUGCUGCUCUGGCACAUGAGAGAGCUGCGGCAGAAGAGCUCAUGGAUGAGGAACACGAGAAGCCGAAAGGUUUCUAUCAGCAUUCUCGUGACCAGAACAGCUACAGCUGGGGCAGAUAUGGAGAACACAACGUUGUGAUUGCCUCGUUGCCUUCCGGACUGUACGGUCUUGUCUCCGCUGCACACGUGGCUGGCGGUCUAUUGGCCUCUCUCCCACAUCUUCGCAGCGGACUGCUAGUAGGCAUCGCAGGUGGUUUGCAAGACGAAGCGGAGGCGAGCAAGCUCAAAGACUCGAAGAAGAUACUACUGGGCGAUGUCGUGGUGAGUGAUCCUGAUGAUCGAAAUGGCGGAAUCAUCCAGCAUGAUUUGUACAAAGCCACAGUUCAGACAGAUGGCGCACAGGAGCGGAAACCGAAAGGCUUCGUCAACGCUCCUCCUCUGCAUCUUCUAGCUGCGCUUUCCAACCUGCGGUCGAAGCAUGAGAGGAAGCAGCCCGGCUUUCUAGCAUAUCUGGAGGUCUUCAAACGCAAUCCAAGAAUGGCAAAGAAAUAUCGUUUCCGGGAGGACGCUAAAUGGAAAGAUCCACAUCGCAUAGACUCUACUCGAAAACUGCCAGCGGUGCACUACGGUACCAUCGCAAGUGGAAACGUCCUUCUCAAGGACGAUGGAUAUCGAAAGGGCCUGACAGACUGGCUCGAGCGAAACAACAUUCAUGCGAAAUGCAUCGAGAUGGAGGCUGGUGGUCUGAUGAACAACUUUCCCUGCCUUGUGAUCCGGGGUAUCUGCGACUAUGCGAACGAGACGAAGAACGACAAGUGGCAAAGAUACGCUGCUGCUUCAGCUGCUGCUUAUGCCAAAGAGCUCCUUACAUACGUUGCGGUCGAUAACGUGAAGGCCGCCCUGGGGAUCGGGGAGACAAUCAAGAACAUCCAGUCAGCCGUGGAAUCUAUCGAUCGCGACGUCGAAGGCCUCCUCGAGACAGCCGCAGACGCGAAGAUCGAGAAAGAACGGCGCAACGUGCUUACCUGGCUGAAUCCGCCACAAAAUAAACGACCGCCAAUAGCUGACAGAGAUCCCGAGACGAACGGAUGGUUCCUGAAUGGCCGGUUGUUCGGAGCUUGGCUUGACGGUACGACACCCUUUAUCUUCCUGCACGGCGGUGUUGGGUGCGGCAAGACCACCCUCAACAGAGCUAUUGUUGAGGCACUGGAAGCAAAGAAGGCGCGCAUGACUGCCUUUUACUUCUCUGCAAUCAUUCUUCAAAACCAGAGUCUCAACGGGCUGUUGCGCUUCAUUGUAGCAAGCCUAUGUCCUCCCAUACAGCUACCUGCCAGCUUGAAGAUGCUAUACGAGUCUCAUCGUAUGAUGUUUCCUCCUACACCCCCAGAUAAUGGCAGCGAGCUCGAGGAAAUAAUCGACAGAACUCUAUCCGAUGAUCGAGCUUGGGCUCCCCAUUACAUCCUGAUUGACGGCCUUGAUGAGAUCGUGGAGUCCGACCGACGUAAGAUGGUAGAAUUUCUGAAUUUCCUGGCCACCAACCGAACGCCAGGUCUACAAGUCAUGAUAACGGCUCGUCCAGCUCAACUCGAAUCAAUCCUACCAAUCGAGCUCUGGCAUCACGAGCCAAUGCCUACUGAAAUGGUCCGCGCCGACAUCAAAGUCUACGUCAAGAAUCGUAUGGCAAAGGAAGCAGCACUGGCCAAUAUUGAUCCCACUUUGCAGAAUCUGAUCUUCGAGAAGCUGGCGGGCGAUGGGCAGACAAUGUUCCGAUAUGCUUUCCUUCAAUUGGAGCGGCUUCUUGAUAAAGGCGUCCUGCUACGUCGAAAUGCAGUUGCUGUCCUGGGGCAAUUGCCGACCACCAUCGUCAAGACGUACUCCGCUAUUCUCAACGAAAUCGAUAGCGACAACGAGUAUCGCGCUCGCGCGGCCCUCACGUGGCUGGCAUACUCAGAACGACCGUUGUCGAUGGAGGAGCUUGGGGAUGUCUGCGCCAUCGUACCAUCGAGCCGUAGAGUUUACGACGCAGAGGAUCAUUUGAGUCAGGACGAAGUCCUUGCAUUGCUCCCUAAUCUCAUCGCACUGAUACCUUGGGAUGAGACAGACCAGUACAUUGUCGUCUUUUCUCAUUUCUCGGUGAAAGAGUAUCUCCUCGACAAUAUGUCGGUAACUCUCACACAGCGCUUCAAUCUCUCUAAUUCGGAAUCUCAUGCGUUCAUUGCGAGUUGCUGUGUAGCGCUCCUUUGCUGGCUUCGCGGAGCGUUGCUUGCGCCACGGAAUCAAAUCCCACCAGCUCGUUCGCUGAGAUCUUAUGCAUGGGAUCUGUGGCCAUUGCACACUAUCUAUGCUCACGAGAUCGAUGCAGAUGCCCGAAGAUCUGGAGUACAGCGUCUCAUCGAUGAUUUCAUCUUCGCGUCGUCCCGCGCUCUUUCAGACUGGAAACGUGCCGCAGACAUGGCGACGAGAGACGCAACUGUCAAUACAGACUUGCGACUGGACAAUCGAUACGCGCAGCAACUCACAACAGUCAUUCCAGACGCACUUUAUCCGGUCCUUGCCAAAAUGUCGGCGCAGCAACUCACGACAGUCAUCCCUGACGCACUGCGUCCAAUUCUAGCCAGAAUGUCGGCGCGCUCCCCGACCACUGUCUGUGAUGUACUUCGCACACCAUAUCACUACGCAGAAUUUGAUGCACAGUCGUGGGCAUCCUUCGCUUUGGGAUCGCCGGAUCAUGAACCAGUCAAGAUCAUACGAUUGCACCCCAGUCUUAACGAAAUGCUGCCACCCCGGUGUUCGAUUUCCUCCAUGUCUGUGAAGUCCCUCCCAGGGCAUGUCGCUGUCAUUGAUCGGGAUAAAGAGCCACGCCAGAAGGCUAUCUGGCUCAACGGAUAUCCGAUCGCUGUUAGCGAGGAGACCUUUGACAUCCUUAUUGCCCUUCGUCAUCGCCAACAGGAGCCACGCUACCUGACUUUGCAUACCGUCUGCUCCAACAAGGACCUAUAUGUCAAAUCCGGAGCGCAAAUUUCGUCAACGAGCCAAAUUGCUUAUUAUGUCACCAAAACCAUGUCAGAGUCCACCUGGGCGGUCGAACUCCUGCUAGCUCUAGCCGACAUACUCCGCUGGCCUUCUCAGACCACAUUUCUGGACCUUCAACGCGUCCUCGAGAAAGAAGAGGCUGCUGGCCCUGCUGUUGCCCUGCAACUUUUGACUGCAGAAUAUGCACUCAGUCCAUGGUUCGAUACGUCUGCAUUGGAUCAUUCUAGAAGCCGACUGAUUCUUGUCUACGGCAAUCGGGCACUGCCAAUGGACAGCUUGAUGAAUGUCUGCGAGCACCCUCAUCAUCUGAAAAUGUAUUUCGAGUUGGCAUCUGGAAGGAGCAUGAAAGGGUGGGAGGAUCCUGCGGGCAUAAUGGAGAGGCUUCUAUCUGAGUAUCGAAUGCGCAACAGUCAGAAUCGGGCCAGAGAACAAGAGCAGGAAGCCUACAUAAAGCGCCGCCGUGAGAUGGAUGAGGCAGCAAGGGAGACCCGUCUGCGUGAGUCGUCCGUCAAACCAAAGACAGAGGCCACCUGA